AUGAUCUGCAAUAGGUGUAUAGAGAUAGAUGGUUCCUCCCCCGAUCCCGACCCACAACCCCCCCACCCACUCUUACUUCCCUUCCCGCAAAGUAAAGUCCGACUCUUCCCCCCGCCAUCAAUUUUUCUCCAACCAACACCACCACCAUCACCAUCAACUCACCACUUCACAAUCCACCCAUUACCUCACUCUACAUCCAGCAACCCACCAAACCACCCCCCAACAACAACAAAACAAAAUGACAUCCACCCUAGACGACAUCUUCGGCUCCUCCCCACCCCACCCCUCCACCACAACCGGCCCCCUCCCCCCUCCGAACCCUCCGACCUCCCCUCCCUCCGCCGCCAACACGUCACAGCCGGCUACCGCGACGGCAUCAGCGCAUCCAAAUCCGAACACGUGCAGACCGGCUUCGACGCGGGUUUCCCCGUCGGCGCCCAACUCGGUCUCCGCGCGGGCACGAUCCUGGGUAUUUUAGAGGGCGUGCUUCGCGGGUAUGAGAGUCGAGGUGGGGUGAUUAGGAAGCCUGGUCAGCCGUUGAGGAAGGCUGGGCCGGGCAACAACAACAACAGCAACAGCCACACAGCUGCUACGACUGGUGGUGCAAGUGCUAGUGCCAGUGCCAGUGACAAUUCCACUGUGAACGGAGAAACGAAAGAAGCCCGUCGGGCGAAGAUCCUAGCUUUGUACCAGCAAGCAAUUGCAGACCUGGACGUGCGGAAGGUAUUCGAGGGUGUGAGCGAGGGGGACCUGGCUCGCGAAAAGGCAGAGGUCAGGUUGGGGAGACAAGGGGAGGGGGUAUUAGGGAAGUGGGAGGGGGUGGUGGGAGUAUCGGAGUGGGAGGGGGUGAUGGAGGCGUUGGAGAUGAAGAAGGAAGAAGAAGAUGGACAUGGAAAUGAAAAUGAAAAUGAAAAUGACCAAGGAAAGGAGGUCAAGGAGGAGAGCUGA